CCUCAGUCCUCCCACGUGACUCUUGCGCUACUCAUUCACACUCCCACAGUCCCACUCGGCCACUCCCACCCCCCACCCCUUCAAGGCCUGCCGUCCCCGAAGCUAGAGAGAGAGGGAGAUCUCACAGGCAGCGGGCAGGGCAAAUGGCCGGCGCGGCGGACGAGUACUACUACGGCGGCGGGGGCGGCCCGCGCGGGGCGCCGCACGGUCUGCUGCUGGCGGUGGUGGUUGGGCUGGUGGUGGCGGGCCCGCUGUUCCUGGGCGACGGCGGCGAGGCGCUGACGGAUGCCGUGGCGGAGCUGCUGAGCCCGGUGGGCCUGCUCCUCCUCCCCGUGUGCCUGCUCUUCCUCAUCCGCGUCCUCUCCUCCGACCGCGGCGCCGCGGCGCUGGCCGACGUCUUCGCCUUCGGCGGGUCCCCCGACGCCGUCCACCGCGUGGGCGGCUCCCCCGUCGGCGUCGCGCUCAUGCUCCUCCUCAUCCUCGCGCUGCUCUACUACCGCUCCUCGCUCCUCGGCGGCGACGGCGGCGACGACGAGUAGGGUAGGGUAGGUCCCUAGGAGCCGGCUGCGGGCGCGAUCUCCGGGCUCCGGUUGUGGCUGGCUGAAGCGUGGGGUUGGAGUUGUUUUGUAAUGUGAGGUUUGGUAGGGGCGUGGGUGUAAAAGUGCGCGAGGAAAUCGGAGUAAAUUAUGGUGUUUUGUUUCGUCGGUUCGUGAUGAGGGCGGCUGAAGCUUCUGUG